GCCGCAGUUCCUAGAGUAUUCACACUACAAAUGCUAUCGCCUUCUGGAUCGGUAUUACUGCCGGGUGGUGUUAUAACGCAAGAGAUGCGUGUUGUCAGUUCGUCCAAUGCUACCCUUCGCAUGAGGUUACGCAUAUCAUAUGUUGUCGAUGGACAACCCGUAGCGGAGCAAACGGAAGUUACCGGAUUUCCU